AUGGCGUCUAUUUCUCUCGGUGCGUUCCAGCUCUAUUGGGCUUCCAUUGUCCGAACAUACAGCCCUGGUCAGAUCGAGUUCUUUGGCAGUCUUGCUGUUCAGCUGCUCUUCUUCUGGGUCCCUGCCAUCGCCUAUACCGCUCUCGACUACAUCCUGCCCAGUUUCUCAGCUAGGCACAAACUGCAACCGGCACCAAAACAACCGACAUGGAAAGAAAUAAAACAUUGCGCUUAUAUCGUCGGCCGGAACCAACUCAUGAACACAGUAUUUGCUCUCUUGAUGCUGGCUAGAUCCCACUACACCGGGAAUCCCUCGAGCUUCCAAAUCACAGAGACUCCUCCAACUCUCAAUAUCUUCCUCCGGGAUUUUCUCGUCAGUUGGAUCGUGAGGGAGAUCUCCUUCUAUUACGUCCAUCGACUGUUCCACACACCCCGAUUCUACAAGAUGAUUCACAAAGUCCACCACGAAUUCAUCGCACCUGUUGCUCUGGCAGCGCAGUAUGCCCAUCCGAUCGAGCAAGUGGUGGCAAACACCCUGCCCGUCGUCAUGGCCCCUAUCUUGUUGAGGACUCACAUCUUGACAUUCUGGGCAUUUUUGAGCUGGCAGCUCAUCGAGACGAGCACUGUGCACAGUGGCUACGACUUCUUUGGUGCCAUCGCCAAGGGUCAUGAUGUCCACCACGAGAAGUUUGUUGUCAACUACGGAGCGUACGGGUGGAUGGACUGGCUGCAUGGGACGGGCCCGAAGCAGAGGGCCAUGUCGAAGAACAAGAGGAAUUGA